AUGAAGCUUGUUGUUAAGAAAAUGUUUGUAAAUGGAAAUGAAGCAUGCCACUGCUUUCCGGAGACAGUAUCUUCACAGGAGCGCGAAUCAUUAUUAUCAAGCAGGGAAGGUCUUUGGAUCGGUUGUACAAGGCAAAAAAUGCCACAGGUAUUCAGUGCUUUAAAUGCGCUUAACGAAACGAUGGUAUCCAAACUGUGGAUUUGGGAUUCAUUAGUCAAUAUUAUUCCAGCUGAUAUGUUUGCUCAGGUUCGUCCUCGGAUUUUAUCUAUAGAGAGAUCAGGAUUAAGUCUGUUUCGGCCCGGUGCAUUUAGUAAAAUAGGCCGAAGGUUACAAGUGCUGCAGUUGCGGAAUAACAUUAUCAAACGCAUCGAACCUGUUAUGUUCAAAGAUUUGGAUCGUCUUGAAGUACUUGAUCUUGGAGGCAACAAAAUUAGCUCCAUUGUUGCAGGUGAAUUGGAUCGGUUGAAAGAUUUAGACAUGCUAAUUUUAAGUGAUAAUCAAAUAUCGAAUAUCGAAGAUGGUGCUUUUUCGUUUUUAACCAAUCUAAGAACAUUGAAUCUAGCGAACAAUAAGUUGACGAAUAUAUCGGUUGGUACUUUCCGUGGUCUUAACAACCUAGAAACAUUACAUUUGCAAAGCAACAAUAUAAUGUACGUUAAUUGGAAUGCUUUCACACAGUUAAAGAAUUUGCGAUAUUUAAAUCUUGGAAACAAUCAUAUUUCGCGAGUAGAUCUUCGUGGAUUGAAAUCAUUGGAAAAAUUAUUUAUUAACAACAAUAGCAUCCAAUCAAUGAAAAAUAUCACGUUGCGUGAUCUGCGUAGUCUAGCUUUGUUAAGCUUAGAUAGGAAUUCGAUCACCGAAAUACUCAAUGGUGAUUUGCAUUCGCUAGAUGAAAGCAGCAGACUCAGUACAUUUUCGAUAGCAGCGAAUAAUAUUGCAAAAAUUGAAGCUCGAGCUUUAGAGCCAAUACAUCAAAUUACUGCACUUUCGCUACAAAACAAUCAUCUCACUUCAUUGACAAGUAGUGAUGGAACCGCAGAUAUAUCUUUUUUGCGACCAUUGAAAAAGCUCACUAAACUAUAUUUAUCGAACAAUAAUUUGGUACACGUGGGAGAACACGAUUUCAGCACGUUGACCUCGUUGAAGUUAUUAGCGCUUGAUAACAAUCAAAUUGAAGAGAUACAUGACAGAGCACUUAUUGGUUUGCCUUUAAGACGUUUCUACCUCAAUCGUAACCGUCUUGUGUAUUUGCCCAAGCGGUUACUCGAUAAUCUCAAUGUUGAGCAACUCAGUGUCGUCGAUUUUUCAGAUAAUCUCUGGCAGUGUGUUUGCGGUGAAGAAUGGCUAGCCGACUGGUUAUUAUCAAUUGGCGAUCGGAACGUGGUUGAUGGUAACAUGGGAUGUGUUGGAUCGCGAGUUUGCGCAGCGGAAGGUACAAAUGAGGCAAAGCAUAAUGUCUGGAUAACGGUUAUUGCCAGUAUACUUGCCGUCGUUUCAUUACUCAUUUUGAUUGCAAUAGCCUUGUUGUAUGUCGAGGACGGAAGACGUAUGAAAAAACUAUCAUAUCCAUUACGACGAGUACCCUUAGAUCUUCUACAGCUUAUACCAAACGGUUCAACUACUUCAUUACCAUAUGAAAAUGGCAUAGAGCCGUUGCUUGCAUGUAGCACCGUUAAUAUACCGAAAGAACCAUUGUUAAACGAUGGCAAAUUGCGAUUGUCCACUUGCAUCAAAAGUCCAUUAAUUGUACCUAACAAUAAUAAGAGUGAUAUUGAAAGCAAUAAUAAUGGUAGUAUAAAUGGCAAUGGAAAGAAACGAGUCCGUUUCAAUAAUGUAUAGUUGUUAAUUGUUGCAAUUCGGGUACUUUUCUUAUGCAAAUUGGAAAAGGAAAAAAAAA